UACUGUUAUAACAUGUCUGCGAUGGCUAGUAACGUCUCUAAUUGCACCACUUUGUGCGAUAUUCUGGAUAAAACUACAAACUUGACAGAUUACGCAGCCCCAACAUAUUAUUCGUUGAAUUAUCGAAUUGUGGGGACCAUUUUUCAAGGGAUCAUCUUUGUUGUGGGGGCACUUGGCAACAUCAUGGUUGUCAUAGUCGUAACUAAAACCCGCAGUAUGCACACCCCUACUAAUUGUUAUCUCGUCAGUCUGUCCCUAGCUGAUCUCAUGGUUUUGGUAGCUUCCGUACCCAACGAGGUUCUAUCCUAUUACUUGCUGGGAGACGAAUGGAUCUGGGGCAGAGCUGGUUGUGUUAUCUUCAUCUUUCUCCAGUAUCUAGGCAUCAAUGCCUCGUCUUUAUCCAUCACAGCUUUCACAGUAGAACGCUACAUCGCCAUCUGCCAUCCCAUGAAGGCCCAGAUGGUCUGUACCGUUAAUAGGGCCAAAAAGAUUAUCAUCGGAGUUUGGGUGGUCGCCUGCAUCUACUGCUCCCCCUGGCUUUUCCUCACCAAGACUGUACCUAUAUUCUACAAGGGUCAAGAGAAUAUGGAAACGUGUACUUUUGCCCUCUCCAGGGAACACUACCUGGGUUAUUUCUUUGCCGAUCUCGUUCUAUUCUACAUCUUUCCGUUGCUGCUGUCCUGCGUGCUGUACGGACUGAUAGCAAGAAUCCUCUUCACAAACGAUCUCAGCAAAAGUUUUGGGAAAAGAAACCAAACCGACACAGCUUCAGACUGGAAGAAGAAUAGUAACACCAGUGCCCGAGUACAGGUGGUGAAGAUGCUGGCUGUGGUUGUAGCCGUAUUCGCCACCCUUUGGAUGCCGUAUCGUUGCCUUUUAGUGUACAACUCAUUGACAAAAGAACGCUACAUGGAACUGUGGUUUCUGAUGUUUUGUAAGACCAUGAUUUUCAUCAACAGCGCCAUAAACCCGAUCCUUUACAACGCCAUGUCAAUCAAAUUUCGGCGUGCGUUCAAACGCGUGUUGUCGUGUAGUAGAGCCUCUGAAGAGGCGAGUUUUGCUCCUUUUCGGAGUGUGGCUGUUACGAAUCAUCCGAAGAUUAUCCAGAAGACUACUGAAGCAUGAAUUAAGAUUAUCAUUUUUUUGUGUCCUAAUGAUACUCCUACUGGAUAUUAAUUGAACUUUUUUGUUGCUAAUUUUCCGAAUUAAUAUAUGGAUAUUUUUCCGUACCGUUUGUGUAAUUCCUUCAUGGUGUCUUUUUUUUUCAUAUAUGUGUAUAUUGAAGUGUCAUUGCAACAGAAAACCACACG